AGCAGACCGCCGGGCUCGUGUUUGUCGCCUUGCGUGGAGGAUUUCCGCCCAUAUGGUAGGUAGAUACAUCGCACCACUUAGAACGAAUGCCUUCUCCGCGAUCGUGACCUUGCGGUUCAUAUUGCGGCUGCGUUUGCUCUAACGUCUUUUUCGGAGAUUGGAGAGCGGAAGGUAGGCUGAGAAGGGGUCACCAUGACAGGACAGGGUGUUCGUUUGGUGCUGCUGUCAAUCACUCUGAGCGUAGCGGUGGCUCAGCGGACUGUCAUCGAAACGACCACGGGCAAAGUGCGGGGGAAAGUGCUCAACCUGUACGGAAGGCAGGUCGUGGCGUUCUUAGGGAUUCCCUACGCGGAACCACCGAUAGGACCGCUGAGGUUUAAGCCUCCACAGCCUGCAAAGAACUGGACUUCUGUGUUUGACGCUUUCAAGUACGGAAACUCCUGCUACCAAAUCAAGGACACCCUGUUCCCCAAUUUCACGGGUUCAGAAGCGUGGAACGCCAACACCCCGCUCAGUGAAGACUGUCUAAAGAUCAACGUGUGGAUGCCCAACCCGCCACCUGCCGACAAGACCGUCAUGGUCUGGAUCUAUGGAGGCGGUUUUUGGUACGGCACUGCGUCUUUGGACUACUACGAUGGAAAGACGAUUGCAGCAAUAGAAAACGUUGUCGUGGUGUCGAUGAACUAUCGUGUGGGUUCGCUGGGGUUCUUGGCGUUAGGUCACCCGGACGCGCCCGGGAACAUGGGACUCAUGGACCAAAACCUAGCAUUACAGUGGGUUCAGAAAAGGAAGGCCUUCGCACGAGCAGUGGAGUGUCCAACGACAGUCCCGUUGGCUCAGACUAUAGAAUGUCUGCGAUCCAAACCAGCGGAUUACAUCAUCGCUAACGAAUGGGUCACAUCAGACCCCAUCUUCAGGUUUCCUCACGUCCCUGUCAUUGAUGGCACCUUCAUCACAGAAGACCCUAAGACAUCCAUAAGGAGGGGAAACUUUAAGAAGUGCAGCCUCCUUGCAGGAGCCGUCAAAGACGAGGGCACGUUCUUCCUCAUCUACGGAGCACCAGGGUUUUCCAAGCAAACGGAAAGUUUGAUAAGUCGCUCUCAGUUCCUGGAGGGGGUGAAGAUGUCCGUGCCAGAAACAAACUCCUUUGGUGUCGACGCCAUAGCCUUUCAGUACACCGAUUGGUUGAAGGAGAACGACGGCGUGAGCAACCGAGAUGCCCUGGAUGAUGUUGUUGGAGAUCACAACGUCAUCUGUCCGUUAAACGACUUCGCACACGCCUACGCGUCAUUCGGACAGGCCGUGUACAAGUACAGCUUCGAGCAGAGGGCGUCUAAUCUGGUCUGGCCGAAGUGGAUGGGAACACCGCACGGGUACGAGAUAGAGUUUCAGUUCGGACUGCCUCUGGAACCCAAGAGGAACUACACACGUGAUGAGGCCAACUUCAGCAGGAGGAUGAUGAGAAACUGGGCUAACUUUGCGCGGACUGGGUAA